AUGGAAGAGCAGGUUGCAAUGGUGGGGAGGGCAUUUGUGGAUCAUUCCAUUUAUUUGAUACUGAUAGAGCUUCCCCUCUCUACCCGUUACCAGCCUACCUCUAUGCUGAGCUUUGAGGGGCAGAAGUUAUUUGGCGCCGACGAUAUAUCUUCCAAGCUUAAACAGCUGCCGUUUGAUCAAAGCAAGCAUUUGAUCAGCACCAUUGAUUCCCAGCCAUCGUCCCCAACCGGCGGCAUUGUGGUUUUCGUCAGCGGUAGCCUCCAGUUACCGGGGGAAGAACACCUCCUGAGAUUCAGCCAGAUGUUCCAUUUGAUCCCCACUCCAGAAGGAAGCUUCUUUGUGUAG